UAGCAGAGUCAGUGAACUGACAUUUGGUGCUUGGAGGAUUAUCGUUGCAGAAGUCACUUCACAUUAAAGUUAAGUAAAAUGCCAGGAUUUUUUUUCUCCCACAACAACAUGACUGAAUUAAACGGAAAAGAAGACUGUAAGCUUGCAGAAGGCAGAAUCUAUAAAAAGAAGCAAAAGCCUUUUGGUGCAGAUCUCAAAAAUUAUUUGAAGUGCAUGGUACCACAUAUCGAAUCAGGGAUCAAGACUUCUAACUCCAGAAACGUCAGGCUUUCUGCAGAGGAAGUAAUACAGUGGUCCCAGUCUUUGGAAAAGCUCUUGGCCAGCCAAAGUGGUCAAGGUGUCUUUCGGGAGUUCCUGAAGUCAGAGUUCAGCGAGGAAAACAUCGAGUUCUGGUUGGCUUGUGAGGAUUACAAGAAAACCAAGUCUGAUCACUUACAUGGCAAAGCAGAGAGGAUUUAUGAGGAGUUUGUUCAGUCAGAUGCUAUUAAACAGAUCAAUAUUGACUAUCAGAUGAGGGAAGCAACAGCCAAAAGGGCUCAAGACCCCACUCACACAAGUUUUGAUGAAGCCCAGAAAGCUGUGUACAUCCUUAUGGAAAGGGAUUCAUAUCCCAGAUUUUUGAAAUCCAAAGCCUACCUGAACCUUUUGAACCAGCUGCAAACCAACACUUCAAAAUGAAGUGUUUGAGGCAGUGAAGAGCCAAGUAGAGUUUGCGUCAAAUAUACUGUGGAGAGAUCCUUCCAGGGUGGUUGGAUCUCAGCAAGGAGAACCCCCGCCUUGGGAGCAGAGGUAUGCGGGAGAUGCAAACAGCUCCACGGCCAAGAGAACGCAUGAUGAAAGCUGGCAAGACUAUUACAAGGAUGAGAGCAGCACAGAGGGGAGAAAAUCCUCUCCUCCCAUAUGCCAUGGAGUCAAGACAGGAUAUGGGUACUAUUUAUUGUUUGAACUACGCUGUGAACACUGAACCAAGUCCUACAUCCCAAAGAACUGCUAAUUAUUAGAAAGUGCAAGACUAGCAAGCUGAGUGUUGGGAAAAGAUUAUCAAGUUCAGAAGAAAAAUAAGGAUGACUGACAAUUUUGUGCAUAACAAGAAAAUGCCCAGACAAGACUGAUUAAUGGCUGGUUUUUAAUCUGUGAAGUGUUAAUAAGUGUGAGUGCAGCUCCAUGAUGCUAUUGUGCUAUGUAAAUAUUUUAUAAGUUGACAUGUCUUAAAAUUGAUAUAUUUUAAAUUAUGUAAGAAUUAUAUAAGCUGUACUUUUACUAAGUUAGUAUUCAACAGGGAGGUAUGUAGCAUCUUUUCUGUUUAAUUUAUUACAAAAUAAUAAGCAACUCAUCAAUUGAAUCUACUUAAAAAUAAAGUUUUGUGGUCAUUUUA